GCCCUGGGACGCCGCCCUCGUGCCCCACAGCGUCCCGUCUCCGCAGAGACCAGGCUGGUCCUUUUGGUCCAAAGGCUUCGUCACGUGUUGCUGGUCAGCCGGCGCCGCCGGCUUGACUUCAGCACAGGGAACACCUGCAGCAGAGCGGGCCGAGGGCCCGUCGUCAUGUCGUCGCCGGAGAACCAGGGUCGGCCCACACUGGGGGACCUUAGAACGCGCAGCGCGGGCCAUUGUCUUCGGAACUCGCAGAGGUCGCCGCGGUUCGUCGUGAGACGAGCAGAGGGAGAGAUGGGCCCCUGAGGACCCGGAUGUCGUAGUCGCGUGCCGGGGUGGCCCAGGGGCCUGGUUGAGGGCGGCCCUAAUCCACAGGUGGCCCCGAAACUUGUGGUGCUGCCCAGGAAAGCCAGGGAGUGGAGGAGGGCAGCGAACACAUUUGAGGCCGUGAUGCACUCUCGGGUCAGACGCUGCCCGCUCAGCGUUUUCUCGCAGAGUGGAGAUGGCCACCAGCAGCACAGCGCUGGGUGCCCUUUUCUGCCGCCUUGUGACUUGUUUCAAAGCCAAAAGAUUUUGUGUUUUCCCUUUUACUCCUCAAAACGAGACAGAGUGUUUUGGAAGUCCAGGUGUUACUCUUUAUGGUCUUACAUUUCCCUAAGUCCAUUUUAGCUGAGUUGUCAUUUUUGUAUCAACAGUUUUUGUGCCUCUUAAGAUAGUCAUGUAAAAAAUUAAGAAUUAACUGCUUUUAUGUCAUUCUCGAAUUGCAGUCAACAGCACAUCUUUUUAUUUCCCCCUACUGAAGUCGACACUGGACCCCAAAUAUUACGGUCCUGCUCGGUAAGCAUUGCACUGAUGGUGUCAGGAGACGUCCGUCAGCGUUAAUCGUGCUCAAAACACUAAAAAAGGAUCCUUACUCUCAAGUUCUCUCAAGAAAGGGAGCGGUUCCUUGUUAAUUUUUAAGUGGUCUUCCUUAGAUCCAAAAUAUACACUGCUAAGAAAAAUGACCAGUUUUAACCUUUGGCUAAAGCUUUCCCAACCCUGAACUGUUAAUUCUCUGGCAGUGAAAUUCGUAAUACUAAGUCGAAGGUUAUUAGAUGCCGUAAGCCUCCUGCUGUUUAGAAAUGGCCAGGGCCGUCCCUCUGCGCACCUCGGCCAGAGCACCGCCCCACAAUCCUGGUGACCGUCUUCUCUCUCUCACAGGUUCGUAUUAAGAGUAAAUAAGCAGCGUGAUUUUCUGCCAAGAGGAUUUUCAUUUUCUGGCAGCUCCUCGGGUUGGCUUUCAUGGAAAGCUGUAUCUCGUGUCCGGCAGAGCCAGGCUGCUUCAGUGACACUUUGCAGAGCGACACUUCUGGAACUCUUUCCUCUAGUUGGACCAGUGUUUCAGAUAGGAGGUCUGCGAGGCGCGGGAGGGGCUGUGCGCAGCCUCCAGGAUGGGAGCAGAGAGCAGCGCCGUGCGGAGCUGUGCCUUGGAGGGGCCCCCGGUCACCUUGCCCUCGGGCCUGGCCGUGUACCCCGCUGUCCUGCAGGAUGGCAGAUGCGCCUCCGUGUUUGUGUAUAAGAGAGAAAACGAAGACAAGGUCAACAAAGCCGCCAAGCACUUGAAGACCCUUCGUCACCCUUGCCUGCUGAGGUUUUUGUCUUGUACUGUGCAAGCCGAUGGCAUUCACCUCAUCACUGAGCGCGUGCAGCCUUUGGCAGUGGCGCUGGCCACGCUGUCCUCUGCAGAGGUCUGCGCCGGGAUCUACGACAUACUGCUGGCCCUCGUGUUCCUUCACGACAGAGGCCACCUGACACACAACAACGUCUGCUUGUCGUCUGUGUUUGUGAGCGAAGACGGGCACUGGAAGCUCGGGGGCAUGGAGACAGUGUGCACAGCCCCCCAGGCCACAGCGGAGUUCCUGAGGAGUCUGCAGUCAGCACGAGACCCGGCCUGCAUCCCUCCCGAGGAGAUGUCUCCAGAAUUCACAGCCCUGCCGGAGUCGCACGGACAUGCGCGGGACGCCUAUUCGUUCGGGACGCUGGUGGAGAGUGUGCUCACUGUCCUGAGCGGGCAGGUUUCAGCGGCCGCCCUCGCCAGCUUCCAGCAGACCUUGCGCGCAGCUCUGCGGAACCCCGUUCCCCAGUGUCGGCCCGCGCUCCGCACCUUACUGUCCCACGACCUCUUCAGUAAGACGUGCUGGAAGAGCAAAGAAGUCGAUUUAGAGGGAGGGGCAGAAUAUAACUUAAUACUGUCGCUGGAUUCAGAGAUGUUUUUGAACCUCUCUUCAAGGAAUGAUUUUCUAGAAAUUGUGAAUUUCUUGAAAAGUUUAACAUUGAAGAGCGAAGAGGAGAAAACUGAGUUCUUUAAGUUUCUGCUGGACAGAGUCAGCUGCCUGUCGGAGGAGUUGAUAGCUUCAAGGUUGGUGCCUCUUCUGCUUAAUCAGCUGGUGUUUGCAGAGCCAGUAGCUGUUAAGAGUUUUCUUCCUCAUCUGCUUGGCCCCAAAAAAGCGGGAGCGCCCCGGGGCCUGCUGUCGCCGGCCCUGUUCCAGGCGCGCGUGAUUCCGGUGCUGCUGCGACUGUUCACGGUCCACGAGGAGCACGUGCGCGUGGUGCUGCUGUCGCACCUGGAGGCCUACGUGGAGCACUUCACCCCGGAGCAGCUGCGCAAGGUCAUCCUGCCGCAGGUAUUACUGGGCCUGCGUGACACCAGCAGCUCCAUUGUGGCGGUCACUCUUCACAGCCUAGCAGUGCUGGUGUCUCUCCUGGGCCCAGAGGUGGUGGUGGGAGGAGAGAGAACCAAGAUCUUCAAGCGCACUGCCCCAAGUUUCACGAAAACCGCCGCCCUCUCCCCCGAAGACUCCCCCAGGCACGUUGUCUGCAGCCAGCACGGGCAGAGGUUGCCCAGCCUGUCCCCUAAGGGCUUCUCAUCCGGCGGUGUGUCCACCCGCAGCCAGCAGCACGUGCCGCAGGACUGCAGCGCCCCUUUCCAGACAGGUGCUCAAUUUUCUCAGCCUAUUAAGUUUUCCAUUAAUGGAAUUUCAGAUGUGAACGAUACCUCAGGACACAGUGGAAACUUCCCGUCAAGUCCCACCACGUCUGAGGAGUGGCCUGACUGGAGUGAGCCUGAGGACCCUGGGGACAGAACCGCCACUGCCCAGGUCCGGCCUCCGGAAGCCCCCGAUGCUGUUGGGUCCCCUCUCCCCGACUUGGAGGUGUCAGCCGAGAAGUCACCCAGCAGCUUAGGUACUGAAAGGGACUCAGGAGGUGGCGUCACUGCCGCAGUCACCUCAGGGGAGGACCUCAAGCCUCUGGAAUCAAGCCGACCCCAGAGGACCAGUCCCGCACCAAGCCUGGAGGACGCAGACCAAACCAAGCCACCUCAAGUGUCGUCACAAGAAAGGCGCCUUAAGGUCCCAUCAGAACUUGGUCUAGGGGAAGAAUUUACCAUCCAGGUGAAAAAGAAGCCAGUCCAGGACCCCGAAUUGGACUGGUUUGCUGACAUGACCCCCGAAAUCAAGCCUUCGGCUGUUCUUCUCGUUGCCCCUGCUCUGAGGGCGGAGGCGGUGGGCCGCAGCGAGGACAGGCCCCCAGCCGCGGUGCUGUUCUCUGCCAAGUUCGCCGCGGCCGAGACUGCCGAGGCAGAGGCUGGAGGCUGGGGAGACGAAGGGGAGCUGAACUGGGAAGACAACAGCUGGUGACGACGGCUGUGAGUUAAACUUUAGGAAAGAGGAUUCCUUUUUAAAAAACUCAAAUACCUCAAAGCAGGCUCUGCAGCCAGGAAAACUCGAAAGCAUCCUGUUCUCCUCCUACCAGGAGCUCGUUUCCCAGUCUGCCAAUGGUGAGGGGCCUGGAGGGCGGGCUCGGGCCUGGGCGGAGGCUCUCGUGGGAGGAGCCUGUGUGCCUUUGACCAAGGCCAGUUUCUGUGAGGAGCAAGUGCUAUGGAAAGGUGGACUCUACCACUUUUUUUCCAGGAUAAUCCUGGAAGAAAAUAAAUAACAAAAGUUUAAGCUGAUUAGCUUAAUUUUGUGCCAUUUCUUUAACAGUGAGAAGAGUUUUAGCUCUAUUAUAAAAUACAACCUACUGAAAAAAAUUUGCUAUAAAGUAUACAAAUGGUUUUAAAUUGGCUAAGGUUUCCUUAGGCAGCUUAUUUAUGUUUACAGGUGUGCCGAGUGAACGGCCCUGGACAGUGUCUGGCUGUUCCACUCAUGUUACAUUGUACCAAAGUGCUUAAUGAGAAAUAGCCCCAUAAUCCUGUUCUUUAAAUAUCCAAUAAAGACUAUUUUCACUAGA